AUGUCAAUGGUAGCCUCUUCGAGACACUCUGCCUCUACACUGCCUUCGCUAUGGAAAAUCCAAGGGGCCUUGAAAGAGGGUAAGAUAACGUUUCAGACUUGGGCUUGGCAAAAGAGGGACUUCAGGCUGGGACCAGUGCCAGUAUCUUCAUGUGUCAGGUUGGGGACUGUGUUGCUGUUGGUGAUUUUCCUGCCAAGCUUGUACUGUGACCCUGGAUCUGUAUACUACUCUUCUUAUGAAACAGUCAUCCCCAAGGGUCUGACAGUCAAGGGAAGGGAAGACCCAGGGGAAAAGGCAUCCUAUAUGCUAUUAAUGCAGGGCCAGAAACAGGUGAUUCACCUGAAGGCGAAGAGAGACUAUUUUGUGAAUAACUUCCCAGUCUUCAGCUACCACAAUGGGGUCCUGGGGCAAGAAACGCCUUUCAUCUCGUAUGACUGUCACUAUGAAGGCUACAUAGAAGGAGUCCCAGGUUCUUUUGUUUCCCUCAACACCUGUUCAGGCCUCAGGGGCAUCCUGAUUAAGGAGGGGAAACCCUAUGGCAUCAAGCCCAUGGACACUUCAAAACGGUUUGAACAUGUGUUGUACACCAUGGCACACCAAGCUCGAGUCUCCUGUAGUGUCACCUCCAAAGGCAGCCAAGUGGUGUCCACCAGCCGGCAACAAGGGAGCAGGAAGCCUCGCAGUCUACAGGCACUGUCGUCCUUUUGGUCACACACCAAGUACGUGGAGAUGUUUGUCGUGGUCAACAACCAGCGGUUCCAAAUGUGGGGCAGUAACGUCAAUGAGACAGUCCAGAGAGUAAUGGACAUCACUGCUCUGGCCAACAUCUUCAGUCGGGAAAUAAACACCGAGGUGGUGCUGGCUGGAAUGGAGAUUUGGACCGAGGGGGACCUCAUAGAAGUCCCAGCGGACUUGCGAGUUACACUCAGGAAUUUCAACAGCUGGAGACAGGAGAAGCUCUUCCAUCGUGUGAAGCACGAUGUUGCCCACAUGAUCGUGGGACAUCAUCCUGAAGAUGAUGUGGGACACGCAUUUCUCAAUGGUGCCUGUUCAAGAGGCUUUGCAGCAGCUGUUGAAGCCUUCCAUCAGGAAGACAUCCUCCUGUUUGCAGCGCUCAUGGUCCAUGAGCUUGGGCACAACUUGGGUAUUCAGCACGACCACUCGGCCUGCAUUUGUAAAGACAAACGCUUUUGCCUCAUGCAUGAAAAUAUCACUAAAGAGAGUGGCUUCAGCAACUGCAGCUCUGACCACUUCUCUCAGUUCCUCCGGGAACACAAAGGGGCCUGCCUAUUUAACAAGCCUCGGCCCAGAGGUCGCCUGCGUAGGCAAGCCACGUGUGGGAAUGGCGUGUUAGACUACAAUGAGGAGUGUGACUGUGGACCUGACUGUGGUAACAACCCAUGCUGUGACCAAACAUGUAGGCUGAAGGAGCAUGCACAGUGUAGUGAUGGACUAUGCUGUUUUAAUUGCCAGUUGAGACGUAAGGGCUUCAUGUGUCGUUCUGCUUUUGGAGAGUGUGACCUCCCAGAGUAUUGUGAUGGUACUUCUAGAGAAUGCCCCAGAGACCACUAUAAGCAAGAUGGUACAUCGUGUGAUAUAAUUCACUAUUGUUUUAUGGGCCGGUGUAAGAACCCUGAUACUCAGUGCAUGGGUAUAUAUGGGUUCCCUGCAAGGUCAGCCCCAGAAGACUGUUAUAUUUCUAUGAACACCAAAGGGAACCGGUUUGGAAACUGUGGCUUUGGGGCCUCACCUAGUUCAAAAUAUGUUAAGUGUUUUGAUGAGAAUAUAUUUUGUGGGAAACUUGUAUGUACAAAUAUUAGACAGAUACCAACAAUCAAACGCCACCAUACAUUGAUCCAGGUCCCUCAUGAAAAAGACUUCUGCUGGAGCAUGGAUGCCUAUAAUGAUACUGAUAUCCCUGAUGACGGAGAUGUGGACACUGGCACCCUUUGUGCCCCACACAAAGUCUGCGUGAAUUACUCCUGCAUUGAUCGUGCUGUGUUCAAGUAUGACUGUGAACCAAAAGAAAUGUGUAAUGGGAGAGGAGUUUGCAACGAUUUAAGGCACUGCCAUUGUGAGGAGGGCUAUGCCCCCCCUGACUGCAAAAUUCCAGGAAACGGGGGUAGUGUGGACAGUGGUCCCCCCGGCAAAUCACCUAAUGAAAAUCUAAGUGCAGGAGGAAGUGGCAUUACUACUAAACGUAAGAAUGAAAUGAACAUUAUUGGCAAGAGCCCCUUUCAAGACCAUGGUGGCAUUAAAGGCAAUCCUGCCACUUAG